CUUUUGGCUCUUGUUGCUUACAAACACAUAGAUACAGAGACUUCUUUCUUUCUUUAUGUCUCUCUGACAAUCUCUUGCAAACCCAUACAUACACAUUUAUAUUACAAUGAAAGAAGAAACUAAUAAUGCUAUUGGCUCCAUUUCUUUCUCCAUGCACGUUACCACUUGUGGUAGAUGGAAACAUCACUUAAUUCAAUUGGCCUUCUCAUUACUCCAUGCAUUAAUCUCAUUGUCUCUUGCAUUAUUUUGAUUUUGGCUUCUUCUUUCUAACAGAUGGAAUUGACAUGGAUAUGAGUUCUCAACCAAGCCAUGCCCCAUCCAUUUAUUUGACUUCAUUAUUUUUUGUCUUGCAUGAGACAUUGUGGGUUUAUCAUUAAUCAUGUUUCUUUACCAUAGGUAAUUGCAAAUUACCUUUCAACACUAGUUGCAGUAGUUUUUAUCUUCGCAUCUACAUUUUGUUAUCUUAUAUUUGGAAUUGGCCUUAGUAAGAAGUCCUUUAACAGCAGGUCGUUGGAUCGAUGACAUGCUGGUACAGGAUCUGUUAUGAAGCCCGCAAUGAAGAGAAGAAAGAGUAACGAUUCAAGAUGCAAAUCUCUACCGCCUUCAAAGAGGUUGCGGCACGAUGGACAGAGGGUACUCAAGGAGAGAGUUCAGGAUAUUGCUGAUAAGAAGGGGAUCAAGCUCAGGUUCUGUAACUUAAAAGAGUGUGAGAGUCAUGUUAAUGAUGUAGAUAGUCCUUGUGCCAAUAUCAGAAUGGAAAUUGGGUGGCCACCUGGCGUGCCGUUCGUUCACCCUCACGACUUGCCUAACAAGGCAAAGAUGGGGUUUCUCGAAGCAUACGAGCCUGGUUGGACUGCAACUCAAGAUAUAGAUAUGUGUCUUACAGAAUCUGGACGAGGUGGUGUUUCCUCGGAAAAACCAAAUGCCACCGCCGGUGCCGAAUUCGUUUCCGGCGAUGUUGAUUUGAUGUUUCGUGAUGGAAACUCUUGCGGUGCCGUUUGAUCGGAAGCAUCGCUGAUUGCUGAAAUUGAGACGACCGUCAAAUAUCCGCCGCCGAAUGUCGCGCCGUUGAUUUGAUCGAUGCACCUCUAAAUGGUGAAAUCAACGUGACCGUCAAAUAUCCACCGCCGGCGGUGUUGAUUUGAUCGAUGCACCUCUGACUUCUAACCAAGAACGACCGUUACUACGGUUCGCACCUCUCCAAACUACGUUCGAACGAGGGUGUUUGAGUUUUGAGGAAUCUACGCUACUGCUACUCCUAUGGAGAUUCCUGUGGAGAGCUCCGCGACUACGACUAAGACUACAACUAUGGAGAUCCUUCCUGGAAGGAGAGCUCCGCGAAGGAGUUACAGAGAAAAUGUGUAAAGUUUGAACAGAGUUGAUCUGUGUUGAUUUUUUUUUUGGUUCUCCCUUCUCUCUCCUUGCUCCACUGCUUUUAUUCGAAAAACCGCUUCGUAGUCUUCACGCUAGGUGGAACCGCUUCCUCAACUGCUCCGUUGUGAACUCCCACGUGUCUCAACCGUCUUGAUCUCCUCUUCGCUCGGGUUGGUGUGAAUCUCGCGCGAUGUCGUUUUCUUCCCCAAACAUCUCUUUUUGCUUUUUUACUCCACGACAUUGUUUUAUAUUAAACACUGUCGUUUGCUAAUACAGCGGUACCGUUGGGCUUACUCGCGGUACCAUUUUUAAUUAAACGACACCGCUAACAUAGCCAAAAAAUUCCAUGAAACCGCCGCCAAUCGGCGCUCGCAUUGGACUAGGCGAAUUUUGGUUUAAUUAAUCGGUACCGCUUAUCAGGCUCUCGCGGCAUCGUUUUUAAAUUCGCGGUACUGUUUUAACUCUCCGCGAUACCGCUUGUCUCCAUGUGGUACCGAUUUUCCCCUUCCGACAAGGAAUAAAGAUAAUAAUUAAUAAUAAUAAUCAAAACUCCUUUCCCAACACCAAUACCAAACGCGCGGCCCACAUCUUGCUUCCCGGUAAACGGUGUCGUUUCCAGUGCUGCGGUUCCGCUGAGCCUCCUUGCGGCACCGUUUAGACUCUCCGCGAUGCCGCUCAACACCAAACGACACCGUUUUUUGUCAUACGACAUCGAAUCAAAUACCGAAACUAAUUCAUGCGGCAUUUAAUUUGGACCAAAAUUAUUAUAGGUGUAAACAAUGCCCCCCACAACUUAGUUUAUAAGAAUCAAUUCUUAUGAACUAAAUUGUUGACACAAUCACUCAACCGAAAAUCAUUCUUGAAACAUUCUGGCCAAAUCCUACAAACAAUAUUGUAUUGUUCAACUAGCCUUGCAACGAUAAAUGGCCAAACCAACGUUGAUUCAUCAUAUCAAAAUCUCUCUUUUUUUAUUGGCCGGUUUGUCCUUUUGCCACACAAAAUUGACGGGCCUUUUUUUUUUUUUUACCCAUGUCAUUUAAAUCAACAUUGAUUAGCAAU